GGCUGAGAGGUUUGCUGAGCGGCUGCAGAGAGGCUCAGGCUAUCUAACGUCUACACACUCAGGUGUCAGGAAGACAUGGGUAACUCAACAGGAAGCACCGUGGAUGACCUGCAGGCGGUGGAGAUGCACCUGUGGUACAAGAAGUUCAUGACGGAGUGCCCUUCAGGUCAGCUCACCCUGCACGAGUUCAAGCAGUUCUUCGGGCUGCGAGGGCUGGACCCCGAGGCCAACGCCUACAUAGAGCAGAUGUUCCGCACCUUUGAUAUGAACAAGGACGGCUACAUAGACUUCAUGGAGUAUGUGGCUGCUCUCAGUCUGGUGAUGAGAGGAAAGAUGGAGCACAAGCUGCGCUGGUAUUUCAAGCUUUAUGAUGUGGAUGGCAACGGCUGCAUUGACCGACAUGAGCUCCUCAACAUCAUAAAGGCCAUCCGUGCAAUCAAUGGGAGUGAGAACCAGGAGGGAUCUGCUGAGGAUUUCACCAACCGCGUGUUUGACAGGAUUGAUAUAAACGGAGACGGCGAGCUGUCCUUGGAGGAAUUUGUGGAAGGCGCUCGCAGCGAUGAAGAUUUCAUGGAGGUGAUGAUGAAGAGUCUGGACCUCUCCCACAUCGUGGCGAUGAUCCACAACAGGAGGCACAGCGUUUAGGAUCUGCCCGUCCACACUACCUCAUCCUCAUUCAUGAUUGAACCCGAGAGCCUCGGUACACGGCCUCCGGCAAAAACGUCAUUUAUAGACUGAGAUUUCUAUUAAGAUUGAAUCCAGCUGAAUAUAAAUGCCAGUGCACUGCAAACACUGUCAUGUCUUGUUUUUAAUCUCUCAAAGAGCGACACAUAUGCACUUUAAAUGCAUCUGGAUGACUCAGUCAACCUUUGCAAACUGGUCAUUGUCCUUGUUUAUCGAUGCACAGC